UGGGAGAAGAACCCCCUGCUCCCACUGACAGCCCCUCCAGCUCCUUGCAGCCUACAACCAGCAGGGCUCACUCGGGCCCAUCCAUGGGACAGAGAAGAUCCAAGUAUGCUAAGAAGUCGAGGAGAGGCCCAGUGUCCAGCGCCCAGCACCAGGGCGCAGACAGGAGUGCGGAUGACUUCAGCGAGGACCAGCCAGACAAAUCCCACCCAGGAAGCUUCCCCAAACCGGAGGGGGCUCCUGUGUGUGAGGCCUGUGCUGAGGGUCCUGGGAUGAGUGCCUCUCUCCCCACCGGCCCCCUGCUGAAGCAGGCAGAAGCUGGGGAGUGCGGCCCAGUGGAGGCUGAAGAGGAGCCUGGCAAGCAGGAUGGGGGAGAGGACUCAGCUCAGCUUCAGCCCCAACAGGAGAAGCUGUCCCUGGAUGUCGGGGUACGGGCUACAGUGGUCCAUGCCUUACAGGAGGUGCUGCGGAAUCGCCUCCAGGAGCUCCCAGAUCUGGUGCUGAGUGAGGAGGCGGUGGAGUGCAUAGCUGCGGGCAUUGAGACAGCCCUCUUCGAUCUGACACAAGCCACCAGCUGUCGCUACAAGACCAAGUACCGCAGCCUGCUGUUCAACCUGCGUGAUCCCCGGAAUCCGGACCUGUUUCUCAAAGUGGUUCGGGGAGAGGUCACCCCCCACAACCUGGUGCGGAUGAGCUCCACGCAGCUGGCCCCCCAAGAGCUGGCCCGCUGGCGGGACCAGGAGGAGAAGAGGGGCCUGGAGAUCAUUGAGCAGCAACAGAAGGAGUCGUGCAGCCUCCCGGCCUUCAAACUGACCCACAAGGGUGAAGUAGAGAUCCCGCGCGACAUGGACCAGACGCUGACCCUGGAGGACCUGGUGGUACCCAUGGUGUCCAUAGAUGACAGCCCAUCGGCCCUGGCAGCCACGUCGAAAGCCACCACAGAGCAGGACGAGGACACCACGGGGCAGCACGAGCACCACUUCCUGGACCCCAGCUGCCGCAUCUGCCUGGACUGGAAGCCCUCGUGUGAGCUGCCAAGCUCUUUCAAAGCUACUACAAGGAUAGGGGACAGUAUCUUCAAGAGAGCUCCAAGCCCAGCCCUCCCAUCCUCUCCAGAGACGCCCCAAGCUAGGGAGAAGCCUCCCACACAGCUCCAGGACAGGCUCCAGAUGCCUGCCGGGCCCACAAAGGCUCUGCCCAGCCAGCCGCCCUGGGAGGGAGCUUUGGACAUGUUCUCCAUCAAGCGGUUCAGGGCCAAGGCCCAGCUGGUGUCUGGAAACAGCUGUCGGCUCCUCACGACCCUGCCUGAGGUGAUCCGUUCAGCAGGCUGCAUCCCCUCUGGUACUGUCUGGGAGCUUUUGGCUAGCGUCUGCCCGGCAGAGGCCAAGGACAUCUGCGUGGCCAGACUGUGCCCGCACGGGGCUCGGGACACCCAGAACUGCCGUCUGCUCUAUUCCUACCUCAACAACAAACAGCGCCACGGCCUGGCAGCUGUGGAGCACGUGGGCGUGGUUCUGCUGCCCCUACCCGCCUUCCAGCCCCUGCCCCCCAGACUGCGCCCUCUUGGAGGCCCCGGCCUGGAAGCUGCUCACUCAAGCCUGGUCCUGGCUGUGCUGCUCCCCAAGGCAGGGCUUCCACACACAGCGGAGUCCAGCCCUUUGUGGGGGAAAGUUCGAAAGAUGGUCUCCUUCAACAGAAAAGUGGAGAGGAGGAGCUAUCAGCCAGAGGACAGGAGUCCCAGCGUGGCCUUGAAGGGCUCCCCUUGCCCAAAGGGUGCUCCACUGCCGAGCCAGGACGCGGGCAGCCUGGAUCCAAAGGGAAUUUGUGCUUGGCACAGGCCUUCCAGAGGCAGGGAGAGACUGUGGGGAGAGCCAGAGGACUGGCAGGGUCCUCGGCGAGGGCAGUGGUCCCCCAAACCAGGCUGGUGCCAGUCAUGGCAUCUCCAUUCAGCAGUACCAUCUGGCCCCAGCCAGCACCUCCACAGGGCCUCCUGUCCCCACCAGGCCCUGCUCCAGCAUCUGGAAUCCCUGGUGUCCAUGAGCCACCAGCUCCAAGCCUCGCUGAGCUCCCCAGGCCAGGGGCUCUUUCCCCCAAACCCUGCCCAGCCCCCUGAAGCCCCUGGAAUUCUUGGUCUAUUUUGCCAGCCCCCUGCAUCUCCAGAGCCCCCUGGCCAGGCUCCUGACUCUUUGGGUCCUACAGAUGGAGCUGGUUCUGAGUGUACCCUCCCUAGAGAGACCUGACCCUCAUUGCCAACCAGAAGAGAGGCCUUGAUUCCCUCCCCAGGACUGAAUCUUGAGCUGUUCCCGGAGAGAGGGAGGGGCAGAGGAAGCAGGGGAGGGUCAGCUCUUUGAGUUUCUUGUUCUGCGGUCUGUUUGGUGUUGAUUUUUGGUUCAAUAAAGAGUUUG